AUGGAAAGGCGGGGCACUUGUUCAUCAAGAGAAGCUAGCUUAUUUCUUAUGAAAUUUUAUGCCUGGGAAGUCAUGCGUGUAAAUAUAUCACUUAUAUUCCUUUAUACACCUAUAUUGCUACUGGUAUUGAAUUAUUCCAGCUCCGUAAUCGGAGGAACAAUCAAGGCGGGCGUACGUCAUGAACAGUGGAAAUUACUAGCCUAUUCAAAACCGAGAGAAAAUGAGAAUAUCGCACUCAUUUUUGUCAUCAAAAAUAAUGAUAAACAAGUUUCAAAUUUAGAACAAAAGUUCACACAAGUGAGCAAUCCAAUGCAUGCCGACUAUGGUAACUUUUUGACCUAUGAUGAAAUACAUGAACAAUUGCUCAGUGAAACACCAAAAAGUGGUAAAAUCCAUCGUACUAGUGGACAACUAGCAUUCAGAGCCAAACAAUUCAAAUUACCGAGCGCUAUUUAUGACAAUAUCGAUUAUAUUGAACAAUCAAGUGAAUUUCUAACAGUAUCAGGUCCAAAGAUACCUGCAUCAAAUGAGAGCCCAUCUAAGCAUCCCCUAGCUGAGAGCAUAUCGAAUGCUCCUAAUGUAUUGUUUCUUGAUAGAAUUGGAAAACGCAUUGAGUUUUUUAUUCAAUUAAUCUGUUCAAACGGUGAAAAUGCAUCUGAUACCGUAUGCCCAGAAUUUCGAGGCUUCCGGAUUGGUCUAAUAGUUCUUACAUCAACGACACAGAUAACUGUAUCAUUAGUGAAUGCCAAUUGCCAAGUGUGUUAUAAAGCUGGGAGCACUAUUUAUGAUGCAUGUUUCAACUAUGACUUGACUGAUGAUAGUGUAUUAUGUCUCUUUUCUAUCAGCCAUAAUAAUAUUAAAAAAUAUGAACAGAUUACCGUUUCUAUUGAAUCAAUAUUUGUACUGGAUGGUGAAACAAGUUAUUCUGAUUCUGCCAUCCAACCAUUUGAACAAGUAGCUCACGUUACACCAUCACUUUUGGCAUCAUUAUAUAAUGUCAGUAUGAGUAUAGUUAAACAGAAACGUCUCCCAAAGAGUAGACAAGCCGUUGUUGGAUUUUCAGAAUAUUAUAAUUUGAAAUCGUACAAAGCAUUUGCACAAACUUAUGGAAAAAACUUUAAUUUAAGAUUUGGUAAAGUAUAUGGAGACGAUUACACGAACAAAUCGUACGAUGAAGGUGAAACAUCGUUGGAUAUGGAAUAUAUGGCAGCAAUGGGUGCCGGUAUUGUAACCGAUUACAUUUCGUCAACAAGUGCCGGUGUUUCAUAUGCGCCGCUUUUCGCUACAUUAGCGCUUUUAGAGUCGAAUAAACGUAAUGUUGUUCCACUAGUUUAUUCUAUAAGUUAUGGUACAGAUUCAACUGAUGUAGGACCAAAAAUUGUUCGUAUGAACGAUAUACAAUUUAUGAAAAUGGGCGUCUCGGGAAAGUCGGUGUUUGCUAGUGCAGGCGAUGAUGGAAUAGCAAGCUCGACAGGUUGUACAAAACGUUUUAUAACAGAGUAUCCGGCUGCUUCACCUUAUGUCACAGCUGUUGGUGCUACACAACUGGUUCUCAGUGUUACGAACAAUUGUCGAUAUAUAGCACAAGAGCCUCGUAAAUGUCUUGAAGAAAUUGUUGCAUAUACAAACGAUUUAACAGAAUGUCUCAUAACAUCCGGUGGUGGAUUUUCGAUCUAUCAUACGAGACCAACUUGGCAAAAGAAAAUGGUUCAGAAUUAUCUGAGUACUGCUAAUAAGCGUCUACCACCACUAACAUACUUUAACAAAAACAAUCGAGCAUAUCCAGAUAUUACUCUACUUGGACAUGAUUACUCAACGAAACAGAAGGGUGGCAGAGUUGAUUUGUCUGAAGACGGUACAUCAGCCAGUUCUCCGGCUACUGCUGGUUUAUUCAGCUUAAUUAAUGAUCAGAGAUUAAAACUUGGUAUGAAACCACUAGGAUUUGUAAAUCCUUUACUUUAUCAGUUAGCAGAAACAAAUCCAGAGGUAUUCUACGAUAUUGUUAAAGGUGAAAACAACUGUAAUAGUGCGGGGGUAUGUUGUCCAUAUGGUUUUGAAGCACAAAAAGGAUACGAUCCGGUCAGUGGUAUUGGGUCAAUCAAUCAUGGACUACUGAUGGAAUUACUCACUCAAAGGACUAGUUAA